AUGUACCAAACAAAAGGUUACGCACCUCCUAGACCAGGUUAUGUUCCAUCGGUGCCUCGACGGGGUAUCUAUCGAUCAAGCUAUGUUCGUCCUGGAUACAGUUAUCGACCACGUUUCGUCCCUCCUGUUGUACCAGCUGGUAGAGGACCAGGAGGAGCCGGUUUAUUAGCAGCUAUUCUCGGACCAAUUGGUGGUUUAACAGGAUGUUUAUGCUGCUUAAAUACUAUCGGCACAUGGGGAUUAUUUAUUACAGCCAUUCCAUUAGCUGUAUUUAUAAUUGCAUUAGGUCCUAUUGGUGGUCUAGCAGCAUGUGCAUGUUGUUUAAUAAUAGCAGCUAUAUGGGGUCUAUUUGCUACAAUGAUAGCACUUGCAGUUUAUACAAAAAGAUGGAAAACUGCAAUUGAGGAUGCCGGAUUUGGUACUAGUGCUGGAAUGCAUAUGAUACUUAGUCAAUCAUUACUUAUUGGACUAUUGCUAGUCUAUGGUUAUAUUGGAAUUAGACGAUUGCUAAGAAGUUAA